CCUUCAUCCUUCCUUUCCCCUAGUGCAGAAAUAGUCUGUGCUUCCUUGUGACAGAUGGUGUAAAAACACAUCUCCCUUAUGUUAUGCGCUGCUCUUACCUCUGCUUUUUAUCCAACAUGUAGGUACUAGGGAGUAAAUUUGGUUUUGUUUUGGUUCCUUUCCUGAGGCACCACCCACCUGCCCUGGCCCCAGUGAUUGUUUUCCCUUUUCCUUCCCUUUUGCUUGAUGUCGUGGCUCUCUGGGCUUACCCUAUCAAGUAUGACAGUGGGAAAUUCUAUAAAAAGCUUCCUUUAUUUAGACGCCAACCCAGUAGUGACAUCAUGUGGGCACGUCUUCCAAGUUCCUCUGGGCUGAGCGGAUGGAGGGAAGUGGUGGCCAUGAAGCUGAGCCUUCUGUCUUCCCCAGUGCAUCUCCGUGAUUCUGCUCUGUGGCUGUACUUCCCCAGCAGACUGGUGCAUCUCCUUUAGCAAACAUUUUAACAGUAUAACAUGGCUGUGGUUGUCUUCCUGCUCAUGGCUUUCAGUGAGCCCGGGGGAAGAGAGAGCCUGUGUGUGGAUUGUUUCCCUCCUUGCCUCUUCUCCAAGACACUAGCAGCGAGCUCUCAUGUGCCAGAGGAGGGAAGGGGAGAGCGUCACUGAACCUGGACAGCACGGGUGAGGACAAAGCGCAUUUGAUCGGUGGUCUGCGGUGGCUGGGGGUCCUCACCACCCCACGGUGGAGACAACCAGCUCCUGCCAGGUAGAUGCCCACAGGAGAGAGGACAAGUCCAGCUGAGCUGGUGCAUCUCGGCACCUGAUACCAGGUUCAGCUUCUGACAUGAAGAAAGAUAUAGAGUCUUUAAUAGCCCAGGAAAAAGCAGAGAUUGUUGCUAAAUAUGAGAAGGGCAGGCAGGAGGGAGCUCAGAUUGACCUGUGGGAAGAUGCUGAUUUUACACUGUAUAAAGUUACAGACCGGUUUGGAUUCCUGCACGAGCAGGAGCUGCCAACCCGCACCGCCUUGGAAGAGAAGCAAAAACAGCAGGAAAUUGAACGUGUGGACAAGUGGCUAAAGAUGCUGAAGAAAUGGAGCAAAUACAGAACCAGUGACAAGAUGUGCCGGCGAGUGUACAAAGGGAUCCCACUUCAGGUGCGAGGCCAGGUCUGGUCACUUCUGCUGGAUGUUGAGAAGAUGAAGAAGGAGAACGAGGGAAAAUAUGAGCAAAUGAAAGAGCAAGCAAAGAGUUUUUCGUCAGAAAUCAAGCAGAUAGAUUUGGACGUUAACCGCACCUUCCGAAACCACAUCAUGUUUCGGGAUCGCUAUGGAGUGAAGCAGCAGGCACUCUUCCAUGUCCUAUCAGCAUACUCAGUCUAUAACACCGAAGUGAGCUACUGCCAAGGGAUGAGCCAGAUCGCAGCCAUUCUCCUGAUGUACUUAAACGAAGAGGAUGCAUUUUGGGCACUGGCACAGCUGCUGACCAAUCAGCGUCACGCCAUGCAUGGUUUUUUCAUUCCUGGGUUCCCGAAGCUUCAGAGAUUCCAGGCUCACCACGAGCAGAUUUUAAGCAAGAUGGUUCCCAAACUGAAGAAGCACAUGGACAAGGAGCAGAUGACUACAGGGAUUUACACAACCAAGUGGUUCCUGCAGUGUUUCAUCGACCGGACCCCGUUCACCCUCACCUUGCGGCUGUGGGAUAUCUACAUCCUAGAAGGAGAGAGGGUGCUGACGGCCAUGGCUUACACCAUACUCAAACUGCACAAAAAACGCUUGCUGAAGAUGACGCUGGAAGACUUACGGGAGUUUCUGCAGGAGAAAAUCGCCUCUUCCCUGCAGUACGAGGAUGAUGCAGUCAUCGAGCAACUGCAGGUGUCCAUGACUGAACUGCGCAAGAUGAAAUGUGACCUCCCCCCGCCAGCAAAGCCUGAGGAGUUCCCACGGAAACCCCUGGGUCUAGAACUCUCCCUCAACCCAGUACCCAUGAAGGGCAACGUGGCAGCCAAUGGCCAGAAUGGCCGGGUGGGCGAGCAUCCUGUGGACAGGGAACCGCAUCCCCACAGAGCUCCCGAGGCUCCAGGAGAGAUGGUGGCAGAGGUGAGGACUGCCACCCACCAAGGCAGUGAAGCAGCUGAAGUGACAGACAUCCACUUGGAUCCUUCUGGCGGGGGGUCACUGGGAGAGGAGAGUCAGGUGGAGCCCACGGGGGACGGACAGACACAGGCUCUUUUGAAGGCAAGUGAGAUGCAGGCCCAUCAUCACCUCUUGCCCACAGCCCUGCCUCUGGAGCAUACUCCUCUCACUCCCGUGUGUGCCACAGUGGACCAUGAGUUGGUUUCCCUCCCCACCCCUGCUGAGGUCGGCUCCUCAGACUCCUCUCUCCAAAACACAUCGAAUCCUCCCGACUCCAGCACCACUGAGUUUUCUGCUACGGACCAUGCUGUAUGGCAGCCAAAUCCUCCUGCCCUGCCGGAGGGAGAACAGACAUCUUCCUUCUGCAGAGAGAAAGUGCUGGAGGCACCCUAUCAUUCUCUGCUGGGUGGCUCACAGCAUCUCUCCAGUGAGUCUCAGCGUGACAGUUCCCCUGAAAAUGAGCACCCUGAGGAGACAGCUGAGAAAUGCUGCAGAGCAGCACCACCAGACAAAAUGGACUUGAAGCACUUGGCAUCCAAAGCUGCAUCCAUGGGGGAGCUCACCAGCCUGCAGCAGAAUGGGCCAGGGAGUACCACCACACACUGGCAGCAGGGGCUGGUGAGCGGCAGCGUGCCCAUCUUAUCCAGCAUCAAGGUGGAGGCAGCAGGGCUGGGUGAGGGCUACCCCUUGCAGCAAGCACUGCCCUCCAUGGUGGAGGGGAACAGCCCCUACACUGUUAUCAAAACCACCACUCCCCUCCACCUGGCCCAUGCAACAGAGCAGGAUGUAGCAAACAGGAAGCAGGUGGCACUGCCACUGCCUGAGACUGGAUGUCCCCUGCCUGCCACCGCCAUGCCACCACCUCUCAUGCUGGACCUGGAGGAGGUAGAUGCCCAAAAAAGCUUCCAGAAACCAUUAAAUGCGCUCAAAGCCCCACGACCCCCCCUAAGCCCCAAACCAAAAUUACUGCCACGGGUUGCCAAAUCCCACUCGGAGAACAAUUUCCUUUCCAGCUCUUCUUCCCUGGCGAAGCUACCCAAAUCCGUGACGUUUUAGUGCGAAGGGGGGGCAAGAGACAGGAAGCAGGUGCUGGAGCAGCACGCUCGCCCCAUUUUCAGAACCCCCCCUUCAGCAGGGCUGUGUCAGGGUGACAGCACAGCAGCCAUCGCCUGUUGAGCUGUGCUUUGGUACGAGCACCUGGUGAGAAGAUGGAGCAGUGGCCGCCAGCACCAGGAGGCACAAGCAAACUGGGUUUGCAUCCUUCUUAUGGACAAAUUAGACAGCGCUUUCAUUUUGUGUUCCUUGAAGCUCCUCAAGCCUCACUGUGUGGGGGGGAGAGAGGCAGGGCUGGUGAAUGUGUUGUGUGUUCCCUUAUGCUCCUGCCUGCCACAGGUACCCAUGGUGCGGAAGCGGGUACAAGGCAUAGGAGUCCAGAAUGCUUUCUUUAAAAAGCCCAAUCAGUACAGCCAACAGCAUUGCUUUCAAAGGCCUUUAUAGCAAUAGAUCUUCCAAUAGCUUCUUUCCCCAGACCUGCAGUUGUAGGCAACAGCAUUUUCAGGCAGGACCAUGGUGUCCAGGC